AUGAAGAUCUUUGCCUUCCUUUAUGCUUCCGCCUUGGCGUACCCUCAGCUUUCGAACCAAACUGAGCAAGUCUCGAACCAGGUCGAACAAGAAACGAAUCAAGUUGAGCAAGUUUCGGACCAAAUCGAACAGAUUUCGAACCAAACUGAACAAGAAUCGAACCAAGUCGAGCAAGUGAGCAAUCAAGUUCCCCAGAUCUCGAACCAAACGGAACAAGAAACCAACCAGGUGGAACAAGUCAGCGACCAAUAUCCACAAGAAUCUGACCAAGUCGAGUACUACGAACAGCAGUACCCACAAGGAAAUGGAACUCAAGGUUAUUAA